UCUCUGCAGGCCGAGCCGCUGGGGACAUCGUCGCCUUCCCUAUAAGCGCAAAUCAGAGACCCUGCUGCAGGAGGCGGCGUGAAAAGAAGGCCUCGCCAUGAAACGGUUGCUAAACAGCCGAGGCGGCGCGCGCCUCUUGAUGGUGCUCCUCCUGCACCUGCGGGGGGCUUUCGGCACGUGCCCCUGUCAAGACCCUUCGCUUUGCAACCCGAUCUCGGGCACCAGGGAUUUUGAGGUUUUUGUGUUUCAAGUUGGUGGGAAGGCCUGGAAGUUCUAUGACUGGUCACAAAUUACAACUGUGGCAACUUUUGGAAAAUAUGACCCCGAGCUCAUGUGUUAUGCUCAUUUGAGAGGAUCCAGGGUUGUUUUAAAAGGAGAUGUAUCUGUGAAGGAAAUUGUUGAUCCUGCCUUCAGAGCAGCUUGGAUAGACCAGAAGGUGGAGCUUGCCAAAAAGCAGUAUAUGGAUGGAAUCAAUAUAGAUAUUGAACAAAUGGUUAAUAAGUCUUCAGUGGAAUACUAUGCAUUGACAGCAUUGGUUAAAGAAACAACAGAAGCUUUUCAUAAAGAAAUUCCUGGAUCACAGGUGACCUUUGAUGUAGCUUGGUCUCCAAAAUGCAUAGACAGAAGAUGUUAUAACUAUACUGGGAUCGCCAAUUCCUGUGAUUUUUUGUUUGUCAUGUCUUAUGAUGAGCAGAGUCAAGUCUGGACAGACUGCAUAGCAAGAGCCAAUGCUCCAUAUAACCAGACAUUAACUGGAUAUGAUGAUUACAUUCAAAUGGGCAUUAAUCCAAAGAAACUUGUGAUGGGUGUUCCAUGGUAUGGCUAUGAUUAUCCCUGUCUGUCGUUAUCUAAGGCUCAUGUAUGUUCCAUUAAAGAGGUCUCUUUCCGGGGAGCCCCAUGCAGCGAUGCAGCAGGAAGUCAGCUUCCCUAUAGAAUAGUAAUGGAUCGGGCAAAUAGUUCUAUGUCUGGUAUUCUGUGGGAUGAGGAACAGAAAGCUCCAUAUUUUGAAUACCAGGACUCACAUGGCACUAUACAUCAAGUAUGGUAUGAUGAUCCCAGGAGCAUUUCUUUGAAGGCAGCUUAUGUGAAAGAACGGGGUUUAAGGGGUAUUGGAAUGUGGAAUGGGGAUUGUCUUGACUACUCCAGAGGCCCUGUGGCACAACGGCAGACAGAAGCAAUGUGGGAGGCCUUAAAACCCAAAUGAUUUCAGGAGAGUGUAAACAGAGCCAUGUAAGGGUAAAAUUCUUUUUAAUACACACGUUAAGUAAUUUUUCUUAGUUAAAAUUUAUUAAAUUUUGGUAUAAAAUUGCCACAAAAUUAGUUUAAUUGAAUCUUACAUAAAAAGUUCUUCUACACAAAAAGGAAUUAAUAUAUAUGGAAGAAAUUUUUCAAAAUUCCAGUACCUAUUUUAAAUGGCAGAUGAGAUAAUAAUAUAACACAUCAAUUCUGGAGAUGACCAUUAAUCAACGCCCUAUGAAAGCAAAUAUUGGUGGUAAGUAAAGAAAUUACAGGAAAAUUUGCCAGUGAACCCCAAGAUUAUUUUAUUUGGAUUGUUUAAAGCCUGUAUUGGACCAGGAGAUAUAGGCCAUUUACAAACUUGUGGUCUCCUUUGCACUGGAUGUGCAUUCCCUUCAGUUUGAUUCUCAGUUAUGCACAUAUUUCCCUCUCUCAGUCACUGCACUCUCAGAUAAAAGAAUCUCCAGUUUCUGAAAGCUUUGAAACAGUGACUUCUUUCCCCCUGCAGGUAAAGCAGAGGGAAUCAGCAAGUGUUUUGCUUUCUUCAAGUUCUUCGGCUCCUCCCUUGCUCCACUUACACAACAAAAAUUUUUUUCCGCUUUUCCAGAGACCACUUCAGAAGGAUUGAAAGGGCUGUUGGUUUGGCUUUUUUAUUUUCACACAGAGAAAUUGACAUAAAACUGACAACGUCUAGUGAAUUAAUUAGACCACAGACAACACACACACAAAGGUGGCAGGCAAUCUCUCCAGAGAGGGUUGCCUGGAGAGAAUGGUGAAGCAGGAUGUGGACAUAAUAGUGGAUCAUCUCAGCUAGGGACACUUCACAGCAGGAGAAUCCCAGGAGUAAACAAAAAGCUGUGGGAAAAAACACUGCAAAGCAAACAUCCAGGGGGUAAGUAGUUCAUGCAUAAAGGGCUAUAGAUUCAGUUACAGCUUCCAUAACUGCUGCCAUUAUGUGUAUUGCAACAGUAUGCGAAUCCAUUAGUAAAGGAAGAUAAGGAUAUGGACUGUGGCACUAUUAACUAAGUUGACAUAUUAUAAAGAGAAAUUAGAUAAUCUCAGCCAAGCAGAUUUGUAAAAGUGCUGGAUCUUGUUUCUUAAAUAUUAGAACAGAAAAUAUUCUGACUGGCCAAUUAUGCAUGGAAUGCUUACCUUAGGGCUCUUUUCUGCACAGUGGGUUUGUAGUGGGAUCUCCUCACACUUCUCUGUUUACAUGCAAGGAGGCCGUCAUUCCUUGCCAGAGAACUUUCCUGAACUUGGUUCCCUUAACUCUGCUCUUAGUGGUGAUAUUCUCUCCCCUGCUCCUCCCCUACAUACACUCACAUAUAUAUUUCCUGCUGCCACCAGAGGACAGAGAGGCUUGUUAUUUCCAAGGACUUUCUAUUAUUAUUACAUCAACAUCUCAAUAUGAGAAUGCAGAGGUUGUUGUGUGAGUGAACUUCUUUUCUUUGACUUUAAGGAGCUGGCAACAUGGAAUGGGGGGGAUGAGAGGUAAGGCAUGGAUGUAGUGCGAGGGAGUGGGAAGGGUGAAGCUAGAUAGGUUGGCUGUGGGCAGAAGGAAGAUGCCUGGGACAAAACUGUGCUUACUGGCAAAUCUGUCCUGUUCAGGAAGCGAAUCAAAUUAAAAAUCAUGCUAGAAGUAGUCUUGCUGGCUGCAGAGAGAAAGAAAAGUGAAAGCAGGGCUUGACGAAAUACUUGCAUACAAGAAAUCUUGCUGUGACAGACAUUCACCCCUAUUGUGCAGCAGACACCUUGUGCAUAAUCGUUCUCCAUUUUUUUAAUUGAGAGGAUAUAUAAAAAACAAUGUUUUAAAAUAAUUUUUAACAUAUUCAACCACCAAGCGUGCAUCCAUUUAUAUAUGAAAUAAAUUCAAAUAAUCAAGAAAGCCCUAAGAAGAAAUAUAUCUGGUUUCUUUACAAGCAUAACUAAAGGCACAAAAAAUUGAAAUUUAACUGAACGUCUAUCUUGCCUUUUUUUUGUCCGCCCACCUGCAUUAUUUUCACACAAGAAAAUAUAUUGUUACAAUGAAUUUUUAUUAAAGAUUUCAAUUGUUACAUAUUUCUGUAGUUCAACUUCAGCAAAGAUAUUAUCAGGGGUACAUCACAAGCUCCAUCUACACAUUUACAAUGCCCUUAUGUUUGCUGGAGAGCCACAUAAGGACUUUGUAUCACUUGUGCAUUGGGAGGUUUGUGUCUUCCAGAUGCACAUCAGCUCUCUACUAUCUGCAACUACAGCACACAGGGAGAAGCAAUUCCCCCAACCUCAGUUUUUGCACUCACAAAGACAUCUGUGAAUUACCACGAGACGUGGUUGCUGCUCGGGGUGGGGGAGGCGAAACCAGCAGAUGCCGCCCAGGUAAGGGCGGAAGGGGAAGACAAACUAUGCUGGGAAAGGGAUAGGAUCACCAGAAGAAAGGAGAGGCGAACCGAGGCUGUUUGCUUUGCAGUGGUUUUCCCCCACGUUUUAUUGUUUACACAGGGAUUCUCUCUCUGUGAGCAUUAAAUUUUUGAAAAGGACGUAUUUUUGAUCAUUUUGAAAUAGUGGCCCUAAGAGUGGGCAAAAAGAGCUGUUGUGUGGGCAGGGAGCAGCGAGAAAACCUGAAACAACCUUAAUGCACAGUGAUCUCCUUUGCUUUGUGUACAAAGAGAGAGAAAAAGUUGCACUUUACUUGAUUUUGGAAAUCGUGAAGAUUCUCUGAUUUGAGAGUGUGGUGAAUUCUGAAGAGGAAAAACUGUGUGCAUAAUUGAGAAUCAAACCUAAUGGGAAUGUAUACUCAGUACAAAUGAGACCACAAGUGUAUAAAUGUCCAUAGUCAACCUGCUGUUACUUUUGUAUUGUCAGACUGGUGGUAGCACCCACCAAGUUUCUAAGUGCAAUUCAUAGUGCUUCUGAUUACUUUUAAAACAUGCAGUACUGCAGGGAGGAUUGUCUGCUCUCAUACAAAGUUAACCAUUCACUUUGACCUUUAUCAGAACCCAGUUCUGUGUAACCUUGUGAAGAGAGGUGGGUAGUAACCCAAGACAGUAUAUUCUUGGUGGUGUCAUCACAUCUGUGGAGUUCUUUCAUUGGAGAGGUCAAUCUGAUGCUUAUACUCCUGGUUUUCAGGCACUAGGCAGGGACAUUUUUAAAUAAAAGGUUGUCUUUGAUUAACUUUUUUGUUUUCGGAUUGAUGAUGGUUAUGUAUGCUCGUGCUGGUGAACUGAUCUGUUGUUAUUAAUUUGGUUGGUUGAUUUUGAUGUUAUUUUAAAUGAUGCAACCUGUUCUGAACAGUAAUCUCUGGAAAAGUAGAAUAUAAACACUUUUAAUAAACAACAAUUGGCUGUA